AUGGAACAGUGGCAGUCACCAUACUCGGACGCUGCUGGCGCGUCUCGACGUUACAACAGCGGCGUCAGCAACAGCAACAGCAUCGGCCAGGGCCACAACCAUUUGUCGCGGGACUUCAAUGGUCAGCAACAACAGCACCUGAACCAACAACAACACCAUCAACAACAGCAGCAGCAGCACCACCACACGCCACAGCCGCCCAUCGCAUUCAAGUACGAUCAGUACCCGAGCUCGCAGCAGUCGCAGAUUUACCACCAGCAACAACAGCAGCAUCACCACCACAACCAGCAGCAACAGCAACAGCAGCCGCACCAACAACAACAUCAUCAUCACAUCCCGAGUCUCAAUCCUGCCACGUCCCCAAUUGCCACGCCGCAGAUACGAGACGGCAACGGCGACGUCGCCAUGUCGGACGCUCACGAUCAAUACUCUGGCAUGAAGUACCCAAUGCGGCCCCACCACCAAGCCCACCUCAGCGCCGGCGCCCGUCCCUCGAACCUGCACUCUCCUCAAGAGUCGUCUGCUGCAGCUCAAAGGUAUUCGCCCAUGGAGGUCAUGUCGCCUACAUCGCCUUACUCCCCUUACACGCCGAAGUCAUCGUCGGCCGCUGGCGGUAGCCACUUCUCCAACUUGCCCCCGCAGCAGCGUCAAUCGCCCACGCGUGGUGCUUCCGACUAUGGGAACUCCCUGCACAGCCCGUACCCUCCACAGAGCCCAUACUACCCGAGUCGUCAGUCAUCCCAGUCUCAAGGUCACUCUCAAUCGGGCUCGCAGCAGCUGCCGCCAAUUUCGCCGCACACGGGCGCCUACGACGGUUUCUCCCUUUCUGCCACCACCCCCACGACCGAGUCGCUUUAUCCCCCAGACCCCAAGUCGCCGAGGCGUGUCAUGCCUCAGCCGACCUAUUCUGCCCCUCAGCCGGUCCCCGAGCUCAAGAAGCUGCGGGCCUUGUCGGAUCUGCGACCCAAAGUCAGCGCGCAACCGCCUUUCCGGCGGGCCAACCCCGAGGGUGGGUUCAUAAGCCCUUUGCAAGCUUUGACUGUUCAUCUGCCUGCGACAUACAGGAUUUGCAACCCGAGCUUCAAGUACGAGUCAUCACGCAACCCGCGUCGGGUUCUUACCAAGCCUAGCAAGGGUACCAAGAACGACGGGUAUGAUAAUGAGGACAGCGAUUACAUCCUCUACGUCAAUGAUAUUCUUGGAUCCGAGGAAGCUGGACACAAGAAUCGAUAUCUGAUUUUGGACGUGUUGGGCCAAGGAACAUUCGGUCAGGUGGUAAAAUGUCAGAACCUGAAGACGCAAGAGGUCGUCGCCGUCAAAGUGAUCAAAAACCGCACCGCCUACUUCAACCAGUCCAUGAUGGAGGUCUCAGUACUCGAUCUGCUCAACACGAAGCUCGACAAGAACGACGAUCACCAUCUUCUGCGACUAAAGGACACAUUCAUUCAUAGACAACAUCUUUGCCUAGUGUUUGAGCUACUCAGUGUGAAUCUUUACGAGCUGAUCAAGCAAAACCAGUUCAGAGGCCUUAGUACGACACUUGUCCGUGUCUUUGCACAGCAAUUACUCAACGGCCUUGCACUUCUCAACAAGGCGCGGCUGAUACAUUGCGAUCUCAAGCCCGAAAACAUCUUGCUGAAGAAUCUCGAGAGCCCCAUCAUCAAGAUUAUCGACUUCGGCUCGGCUUGCGAUGAACGGCAAACAGUCUACACUUACAUUCAGUCGAGAUUCUACCGAUCUCCUGAGGUUCUUCUGGGGUUGCCAUACUCGUCUGCCAUCGACAUGUGGUCGCUCGGCUGUAUUGUGGUGGAGCUGUUUCUUGGACUGCCGCUCUUCCCUGGAUCGUCCGAAUACAACCAGGUAUCCCGGAUCGUUGAGAUGCUAGGCAACCCUCCCAACUGGAUGCUCGAAAUGGGCAAACAGUCUGGGGAGUUCUUUGAGAAGCGGCAGGAUGAAUUCGGGAGGCGAACAUAUCAGCUGAAGAGCAUGGAGCAGUACUCGAAAGAGCACGGCACCAAGGAACAGCCGAGCAAGAAAUACUUCCAGGCCAACACUCUACCAGAAAUUAUCAAAACAUAUCCGAUGCCACGGAAGAACAUGAAGCAGAGCGAGAUUGACAGAGAAAUGAACAACAGGAUUGCGUUCAUCGACUUUGUCAGGGGGCUGCUCACUAUUAACCCCUUGGAAAGAUGGUCUCCUCAACAAGCAAAGCUUCACCCUUUCAUCACUCAGCAGAAGUACACAGGGCCGUUUGUUCCGCCCAUGAAUCUGAAGUCAAGCUCCCUCAACCGAUCCCCGGCGCCUGGGACCCAACAGCAACAACAGGCUGAGGCUCUCAGCAAGCAGCGAGCCCAAGCCGCUCAGGCACAAGCCAAUUCUGCGGUUCAAGGUGCAUACGCAUCAAUGAAUACGUCAGCACAGUACCAGCACCAGUCUGGUCACCCACCGUCAGCUCCACCGGUGUAUGCCAACAAUUCUGUGUACGCAGCAGGCGGCAGCCAUGCACCACCAGCGCCUCCGCCGUAUGCAAGCUCGCAGGGUGCGUACGGACAGAUGUCCCAGUCUCAGCCGCCGGCACAGAUGCCUCCAGCCAACUAUGCAGGUGUUCCGCUGCCACAGGGACAGCAGCAACAGCAGCACCAGUCUCAGAAUAAUAUGUAUGCCCAGCAAAGGUCGCGCCAGCGUGCGUCUACCAUGGAGCAACAUCACCAGAGCGGUAUUCCUGCGGCGAUCCAAAGGGUGGCCAGCCACCUGGACCCUAGCCAGCCCAUCCGGCUACAGCCCAGCCCAGCAUACUAUCCCCCUCCAGCUGAUAGCGGUGCCCUCAUGGACAAUGGUGCUAGCCGUAUGGGUCCAAACCGACGAGGCAGUCGUGCACAACAAGGAGGUCGCGGCAACAAUAAGGAUUUUAUCCGCAAUCUAGAGGAGCGCACACUCGAGGAAGGUUUUAUGAGCAGUUCUCAGCAAGGUUCUUGGCAUUGA